AUGAGUUUGAUAGACCAUCCCAACGUUAUAAAGUCCUUUUGUUCCUUUGCUGUUGACCAUCACCUCUGGGUCUUCAUGCCCUUUAUGGCUCAAGGCUCUUGCUUACACCUCAUGAAGGCAGAUGGGUUUGAAGAGUCAGCUAUAUGUUCUAUGUUGAAAGAAACACUUAAAGCUCUUGAUUAUCUUCACAGACAAGGGCAUAUCCAUCGAGACGUUAAGGCUGGAAACAUACUUCUUGAUAACAAUGGAGAGGUUAAGCUCGGUGAUUUUGGUGUCUCUGCGUGCUUGUUUAACAGUGGAGAUAGACAACGCGCAAGAAACACAUUUGUUAGUACCCCAUGCUGGUUAGUUUUCUUCAGUUUGGUUGGUCUCUCAUUAAGCUUCACUAUUGAGCUCUACUCGACUCUGAUAUCUUGUCUUUUAACCGCACUGGAGUUGGCUCAUGGUCAUGCACCUUUCUCAAAAUAUGCCCCCAUGAAGGUAUUCAAUACUUUUCAUAUGUGUACUGAGAACAGAUCUUAUUCCUUUUUCACUGUAACAGGUACUCUAAUGACUAUUCAAAACGCGCUGCCUGGCCUUGAUUAUGACCGUGACAAGAAGUUAUCAAAGAUGUUCAGCUGUGACCAGUCCUUUAAUGAAAUGGUAGCAUUGUGUCUGGUGAAAGGUCAAACAAAGAGGCCAACCGCUGAAAAGUUGUUGAAACACUCAUUUUUCAAGAAUGCAAAGCCUCCGGAGAUUUGUGUGAAAAAAGCCAAGGAAGCUGCUCAGCUUGCUUCGAAAGGAAUUGCCUCUGCUGACCAGGAAGCUAUGUCGCAGAGUGAAUACCAAAGAGGAGUAAGUGCUUGGAACCUCAAUGUUGAAGAUUUGAAAGAACAAGCAUCUUUGCUAGAUGAUGAUGACAGUCUAGCAGAGAGUAGGGAAGAAGAUGAACUUGGUGGGGAACAGUUCGAUAAUAUCAUGAACGAAUCCUGA